GGGGAGGCCCCACCAGGACUGGGCGGCUCCCCGCUUGGAAAAUCGAGAACUCCGAGGCAGGGGGCAAGAAGCACUCCUGUGGCCCGGCUGCGCUGAGUGAGGAGGUGGGGUGCCACUGGAUGCUGCUGAUGGCAAGCCAUCAAAGCCAAAUGCGAACCUGAAUUCUGUGCGGCUGAUUGCAGAGCAGUUCUUACUGAGAUAGGAGGAAGGCACGCCUGCAGAUUAGGCUUUUGCACAAAGCACAUCUUGUUAAUAUUCAGAUACCCGAUCAUCGUUCGUCAUGACUAGCAUCUUUGCACGCAUGGGUAAUACCCGGCGGCAGAACACACCCUUGCCACCGUGGGCUCACACUAUGCUGAGGUCCCUGAGGACGAGUCUUGGUCCUUUGAUGGACAACAUGGCAGAGAGAAACAUGAAGUUGUUCUCGGGGAGGGUGGUACCAGCCCAGGGGGAAGAAACCUUUGAAAACUGGCUCAACCAGGUCAAUGGGGUCCUGCCAGAUUGGAAUAUGUCUGAGGAGGAAAAGCUCAAGCGCUUGCUGAAAACUCUUAGGGGCCCAGCCAGGGAAGUCAUGCGUUUGCUCCAGGCAGCCAACCCCAACCUAAGUGUGGCAGAUUUCUUGCACGCAAUGAAAUUAGUGUUUGGGGAGUCUGAAAACAGUGUGACUGCUCAUGGUAAAUUUUUAAACACUCUGCAGGCACAAGGGGAGAAAGCCUCUCUUUAUGUGAUCCGUUUAGAGGUGCAGCUCCAGAACGCUAUUCAAGCAGGGAUCAUAGCUGAGAAAGAUGCAAACCAGACUCGCCUGCACCAGUUCCUUUUAGGAGCUGAGCUGAAUGGGGACCUGCGCUACAGGCUGAAGCAUCUUCUCAGGAUGUAUGCAAAUGAUCAGGAGCAUCUUCCCAAUUUCCUGGAGUUAAUCAGAAUGAUAAGGGAAGAAGAGGAUUGGGAUGACACUUUUAUUAAACGGAAGCGGGCCAGGAGAUCUGAGUCAAUGGUGGAGAGGGCAACGAGCCCAGUGGCAUUUCAGGGCUCCCUACGGAUAGUGAUUGGCAGUGCUGACUGCAACGUGAUAGAGAUAGAUGACACCCUGGAUGACUCAGAUGAGGAUGUGAUCCUGGUUGAGUCUCAGGACCCUCCACUUUCAUUCUCAGGUUCUCCUCCCCCCAGAGGCAGGGCCAAACCUCGGGAUCAAGUGCUAGUCAUUGAUUCCCCCAACAGUUCCCAGGCUCAAUCUCCUUCCACCAGUGGUGGUUCUGGGCAUAAGAAUGAUGGUCCUGGGGAUGUGCGUAGAGCCAGGAAGCGAAAAUACACAAUCUGUUGUUCAUGUUGUGGUGAGGAGGGUCACUCGAAGGAAACCUGUGACAAUGAGAGUAACAAGGCCCAGAUGUUUGAGAAUCUGAUAAUCACCCUGCAGGAGCUGACACAUACAGAGCAGGAGGGGUCAAGAGAGGCUCCUGAUGAACACGAUGACCCUUCUGAGUUGCAGUGAGGUGCUUGACCCCAGCUUUAAAUGAACUCUUAGCUAUAUUCAGAGUCCAGUGAUGGCAGAACUGGGGGAGGCAGUGCCUCUAAUUGCAUGAAUUAAUCCACAAAGUAGCUUUCUUUUAGGGUGGAGGAGCAAAGGUCUUGGAUACCAGCACAGUGGAGGAAGAUGGCCUGUCCUCUGUCUUUUCUUGCUCCCCACCUCUGCUGCCUAAGGGUCUAUUUUUCGUGUGUGCACAUUUCCUUGAUGGCUUUAUUCUCUGUGUGAA